AGUAAGAUGGUGCCAGAUGAAUAGUUAGUAAUGAGUGAGAGUGACAUAACGGAGGAGGAGCAGCGUAAUGCGAUCAUUACCACCAUCACACUGGACAUCAGCAACAAGCAUCUUAAAGAAGUUCCAAAGACUAUUAAAAACUUUAGUAAUAUAGAGUUCCUGUACCUCUGCACAAAUGACAUAAAGUCAAUUCCUGAUCAUUUCUUCACAAGUUUACCCCAACUGAAGUGGUUGGAUUUCAGACAUAACCUCCUCACCACCCUACCCACUUCCAUUGGUGAACACAGACAGUUGAGAACAUUACUGUUGCAAGGAAACCAGCUGGCCACACUUCCUGUUGAACUGGGAAAUGUGCCAACAUUAACUGGACUGAACAUAGCGGAUAAUCCUAUAGAAUACCCGCCAAAAACCGUGUUACAAGAGGGGACACAGGAAAUCCUAAAAUAUCUCCGACUAGAGUUACAGAGCGAAAGUCAGCUCAUACCCGAGUUGAUAGAUGCACUGGAGGAGGUACACAUCACGGAGAAUGAAGGAUAUCUAGGGUCGGGAGAAGAUGAAGACGGCCGCGUGCUGGGUCCCAUUAAGAGGAUGAGUCGGAGAAAGAACAGGACACAGCAGGAAAUACAAUCUCCUCUUAACAACAGAUCCGCCACUCUGUUACCUCGCAAGAAAGAAACUAGAUGGAGUGCAAGUGACACGCUCAUUACAUCCAAGCCAAAGAUGCCAAAGCGGAGGAAAAAAUUCAGAUCAGCCAAUCCAAUUGAAAGAGUGAGACGUUCCGACCAUUACAUACAGAAAAUUUCGCAGGCAAUUCAAGAUUACGAGGAAAAGCGAAUGCAGGCGAUACGAAAGGAAGAGAAUAGUCGGACAGAAAUGAUGGUUCAAAGAAUGCGGGACAGGGAUGCAUUGAAGAUGUGGCGGCAACAGUCAAUAAGGCAAAUCGAAUCUCGUAAAUCUGGUAUAGUAUCCUCAAGGUCAAGUGAGAGGUCAGGUGAAAAGAAAUUGAAGUUGAAGCGUCUUGAGAAGACUGCUACCAGCAAAACUAACUUGGAACAUAUCAUCGGCUAUAUCACAACCCAAAUAGAAGCUCUGAAACUUCGUGAACAACGACUGUGUUACGAGAUAAACAAUGCUAAUGGUCCAGAAUUGAAGAAGCUGAGAAGAAUAAUCGAGAGAAAACAGAUUGAACUGUUGGAGAUGAGGAAAAAAAGAGCGAGGGACGACAAUUCUCAAGUUCUUCCGAUGAAGAGAAACCAUACCUUAGCCUCUAUCAAGCCCAUUAAGCAAAAGGCGGUCUCAAUGACCAACAAGGAGCUAGAACUGAGGAAUAAGAUAAAAGAGCAUGCUGUCCGCCUUAAAGAGUAUCAUAAUUCGGAGAAGAAGAAGCGGAGCGAGGCACAGUUGAAUCUCGACCAGGUACCUCAGACAGCCCUUUUAAAAUGGGGGAGUGGUGACUGGCGCAGGAUAUUCAUGACGAGAUGAGACAACUGAAUACGGAGUACCGAUUUAGAGCCUUCACUGGAGAAACCGCAGACUAGCAGCUCCAGAGCUCCUUUGCAGAACAGUGCCACUUUUUGCAGUCUCAUAUAUGGUUACCAAUGAAGGGGACACUUCGGAUUUUAACAAUAGUAUGAUAACAUCGACAUUAACAGAAACAUUGAUAAUCGAGUUUUAUAAAUAUAUGCAGUAGAACUGCUUUCAAUGAAAAUAUUCACAGUUUAAUGGAAUAAGGACACUUAAUCAUUAAUUGUUAUCGUUAUAAACAUGAUGGCCUAUGCUGGACCGCCCUUCUUUAGGAUGCAAACAUAAUUUUCUGCAUGCUUUUACCCCGAAAAUAGACCGACUUCGGACUUAUAGUCUGACUUCAUCAGUGUGCAGCAUAUUAUACGGCAAACAAAUAAAAUAUGCUUUGCACUCACACUUCGUCAUAGGAGGGUCAAAUCUGUUCAUUAGAUCGAUUAUAAGAUUACACUAUUUGAAUACUGGUAGAAGCAGUAGAUUAUUCCAAAUCGAAAUGAUAGUCUACUUAUUACACAGGGAUACUGAUGUCAUAUUCAUUGGCGAGAUUAUUUUCAGAUCUGUAUUUAAGUCACACAUUUUGGUUUUUUAACGUUUGUAGUAGAUGUACAUAGAAUUCAGCGCUGUAAUUUAUUGUCAAUAUUUCGAUUCAAAAUUAUUA